GAUGGAUCCCUUUCUUCGUCAGCCAAAGCCAUACUUUACCUUUCUUGUCCUUGAACAUUGUCUCAUCAUCUUGUUUAACCUGAUAAAUUACUCAGGCCUGACUUCAUUUCCAAGCUUGGUCUCUGAUAAAAGUCCAUGUGAAUCUCUGCGUUCUGCUUAUCCCAAGUUCAAUCUCCAAACGAGCCCCAACAAUCACGCUUGCAUGGACAUUCCGUUCAAAAAGAGGAGGGUGAGUUUUUCUGAUUUAGGAGAAGACCAGGACGACAACAACAACACAAAGGAAGGAAGGAUAGCUCCACAAAAAACUGUAUCUUUCAAAGAAGAAAGGAAGAAGACAAAUUACUGGCCCCAGAGGCAGCAGUUUUCCAGCCCAAUUAGUGAUGUCAAUGAUGUGAGCGACAUGGAGUUCGCAAUUGCAGUUGCAGCAGCUGCAUAUGCUAUUACUUCAAUGGAAGAAGAAUCGAUGAACCAGAACAAGUCAAUUGAACAAUUGAUGCAUCCUACAGCCAAGACAAAAAGCAAAAGAGAAGAUAGCAUAGACAAGACACCUGAUUAUAUCAGACUAAUCAGAUGGUUUACUGGUAAAGAGGCAAGAGAAGAUGAAAGAGAAUCAGGUAAUUCUUCAGUCAAAAAGCCAGUAACACUGCCAGGAAAGUUGCUGGAAGAACCUGGUGCUGAUCACACGAUAUCAGGAAAAGCAAAGGAAACCAAUCUAACCAUCAAAAGGACACCAACUUUUUCUGAUGAGUAUCUAAAUGAAACAGGAAGUAGUAGCUCAGUACAUGGACAAAACCAGAAGGGCCAACAAGCAUCAUCCGUGAACAAACCGACAUCAUUUUCUAGCAAAGAAAAUGAAGCCAAGAGAAUAACUAACACCACUAAAGUGGAAACAGAAGUGGAUGUAUGGGAGAGAGAAAAGAUGGACAAAAUAAGACAAAGGUAUGAAAAGGAGAUAUCUAAGACUCUGGAAUGGGAGAAUGCCAAGAAGCUGAAAGCCAAACGCCAACUGGAGCACAAAGAGAUGGAUCUCAAACUGGAACAUUCAAGAGCAUUACGAGAAUAUCAUAAUGAGAUAUCAAGGAUUAACAAAACUGCUGGUGGAAAAAGAGCCCUUGCAGAAGAAAGGAAAAAAAACAAUGAAUUGAAGACAAAGGAGAAGGCACAUAAGAUACACUAUAACAGGGAAAGUUCUUUAUGCAUGUUCUGCUUCUGA